AUGCUGAUACCCGCUCCUGUCAGACUGCGCUACUGGUUCUAUCCAAUUGGGAACACUCCUGCAGUGAACUUGCUGAGAGACCGACCUCCUUCGGAAGGGUCAGCAACGAGAAUUCUGUGCCUUGCUUGUGGCGACGUCAGGAAUAUCCUCUUCACACUGUCAACAGAGGCACCAUCUGCAAAUCGCUCGUAUGAAUGGGCCUUUUGCGACUCUGAGCCGGCCGUGCUGGCUCGGAAUGUCUUUCUUCUCGCUUUUCUGGCAGCAAGGCCAUCCAAGGGUAACGAGGCUUCAGAAGUGGACCACCUAUGGGAGCUCUACUAUCACGUAUUCAUUGGUUCCGAUGCGAAGAAGAUGCUCGCACGGCACGCGGCACACCUGAUUGAGGCAUCGAGAUCAAGCAACGAGUGGAACAAGUCGCGUUACGGCGUGGCAAUCAGGUUUUAUAGCGAAAGUACCUUGCAAGAGAUGCGACAGUACUGGCAGCACUAUUUGGACGCCUGUACUGAUGACAAAGAGCGCGAGAUCAGGGACGCUGCGCAGGAAAUGGUGAGACAGUACCGACUUGAUGAGGGCCGCGUUUUUCCCGGUGGCACACGAGCCACAGGAGUACAUGCCUUAUCGUCUUCUCUGGUCAUGAGUGCGGCCUUCCGUGCUUACUGGAAGACCGGCGUGGUUGCAGGGAACAGCAACGAUUGUUCUGCCCUGAAGCACGAUGGCGGCGGGCACGCCAACCCCCUGAUGUACGUUUCAUCAGCGCCAUUCGGCCAGUUCGCGGUUCACUACGGCACAGAUCCCCUCCAUGGUUUUCAUCUGGCUGAAGUGUUCGAUGCGCCGGGAGGAGAACCAGACAUGCUGCAACGAUUAGCCAGAACCGCAAAGUCGCAAUUUCGUGAAUGGUGCGCAAGCUUUACAAAACACAUUCGAAUGGGAGGUUUGCGCAUGUUCUUCCAUUGUGGCGAGGCCGUUGGCAUGUGCUACGAGCUCCAAAGUCAAGCAAAAGGUCCAUGUCUCUUCGAGGUCCCGCCACAUCUGCACACCUAUUCACGUCCGUGGUCGAGCUCGUGCCUCGACCUCAGUCUGGGACGAGGCAUGGACGCAUGCUCCUCCUUCGACGUGAUCGACACCUCCAACAUAAGCGACCAUGUUGGCAUAUUGAACUUGAUACCUGCAAUUCAACCUCUGUUGAACGAUAGCGCCCUCUCAGUACUUUACACAGAGACUCUGCUGCUUGCUGCCGAAGAAGCCACUCGGUACCUUGACGAGCUCUUGCGAGUGGAUGUGGUAUCGUUUGGACUCGUCGCUGGCAUCGCACCCACAGCGUCUCUUUUGGGAAUUACGAGCGAACAUUUCGGCUCCGAAGCCCUUCUGGGUCAUUAUGGACGUAACACAGGAGGCCAGUCCCAAAUGCGUAUGCGCAUCUCGUGGAAGAAGCCUUCCGGAGGCGAUUGCUUGGCAGCACCGGUUGUAGCGCCCCUGGUUCUCGCCGAUGCAGAUGAUAUGGCCUCUUUGCUCUUCCAAUGGUAUCUCAACAUGUUCGCUGCAUCGGAGGAUAUGAGUGCCCUGUGGUCUGUGUCUCGCAGAAGGGUCCACACUUCUCUGUCGCACGACCUGGGUCCUUACACGCGCACAACACUGAUUGCUCUCAUCGGUCUGGCUCGCAAGCAUGUCCAAACAGACUGGUCGAGGUGCAUUGGGCUGCUCAUGAACAAGAUCCAGGACGACAGAACACUAAUGAUAGGGAGUAACUCGUUGCAAGAACUCUCGAUGCUGUUGCACAUCGCGGGGAUGUACGAGGUGACUGCUUUGAAUAUGCCUCCCAGGGCUGCGGCAAUGACAAUGUCGGCAACUGGGAACUCUUGCGAAACGGAGGCGUUGCGCAAAUGGCCUGACAUGCCCAGUGUGGUAGCUGUAGCACUAGUCGUGCCCAGGGACAGGCUACACGUGCUCACCUCAGCAGAUCUCAACCGGGUCGGGACCCCUGGAUUUCAUCUCUCCGUCUAUCAAGAGAUGAUGUUCGACAACAGCUUCCAUUCCAUUCAUGCCUGCUUCGGUAAACUUGUCAUCGAUGAAGAUAGCGAAACGAGUACCAUAGAAGAGGAUGCUCUGGGUUGGAGAGGACAUUCAGAUCUGAUCGUCACUGGUCUUGUUUCCGCGUUCCAGUUCCUCAUGGGAGAACAGAGCGAGACACGAGCCGCUCUUGUACUAAAUACAUGCGCCUCCAACGCCUACUUCAUGCCCAGCCUGGGGCCCCAUAUGAGGCUCUUCACCACUUCCACCGACGAUCCACAAAACUUCCGUAUUCUGCCCACGCUUCCCGGAGUACGUCGGUCAGAGCAAGCAACUUUACUGCCUAAGCAAUAUGACUCUGGACGUGCUGAGCCAAUAGUAUCUGUCUCGCCAAGAGAUGGGCGUCUCGACCUUCUGACGUUUCGGCAAGAUUGUUCCAGCAAUAGCGAGCGUGGCCAUUUGCAAGAUGGCUUGGACGUCCAGACCAUUCAGGAGAGUCCAUGCACGAUCACCCUCAAGCUGGGGAAACAAUGCCGAAGACUGUGCUUUCCGUUUCCUGUCGAUGGAUCACAUAGCAGAACCAGGAUCGCACGCAAGCAGCUCUGGGUGGAGGUUAUUGUUCCGAUAUCCUAUGCUGCGCGUCCGAAUGGCUAUGCAUUGCGACCAUUUCCUGUCGUGUUCGAAAAGGGCCAGUCUAUGUCUUGGGGAAUGGGUCGAAUCAAUCUCGCCGAGAGUCCGAUUGUGGCCGCGGAUAUGUCGCUGGAUACUUUGAGCGCCUUCUUAGGCAUGACUCUCAGCGCAAAGGAGAAAGACUCCCGGGGAGCUGAAUCUUCUCAGGGGUCGACUUUCUCCCGUUCGCUUUUCGACAUGAAAGAAUCACUGGCUCUUCUGUUCACGAGCUUUGCAUGUAAGAAUAGCAGCUCCGGUCGCAAAUGGCAGGCAUUCCGACUUGCUGUUGACAACGACUCGGACACGUUAAUCUUCGCCAAUGCUCUGCGACAUGACCAAGACUCGGGCUCCAUCUGCCUGGAUGCCCAUGUCGUCCCAUUGACACCUCCCCGCGUCCAGAAACUGCAUCGAGCCCUCACAAAAACCGCUUCCCAGAUGCUGAGUAUCAGACUCAGCGACCAGGAGGCAAUUCUCUGGAAACACAUCCUGCCGGCCUUGGUUGAGCGUUGUCGACAUUCCUGGCAGCACCAGCCCACGUGUGAAUACCACAAGAACAACAUCAACAUCAACUCCUCACCAGAAGCAGAAGCAGCAACAACAACAACAACAAAAACAACAACAACAACAACAACAACAACAAAUUGUCCUCUCAGCAUCCUCCACGGCCACUCACCCAUCUGCUCCUGUGGCGAAGGCCAAAAAGAAGACCUUUCUCACUUUCCUCGUGAAUUCUCCUCUCAUGGUUUCGCGCAAUUCGCCACGAGAAUUGCGCUUACACCUCUCUCGGCACAUCCCAUGGUGGAGGCCAUGGCGUUGAAUCUGCUGCUGGGAGAUUCGAAGUUGUCAGCAUCAUCAGCAUCAUCGUCAUCGUCAUCAACAGCAGAAAAACCGCGGCGGAAAGAUGGAGAGAAAGAGAAGGAUGGAGCGAAAGAGAAAUGUGGCUGUUGUGGACGAGUCGCUGAUCUCAAAGCAUGUGCGGGAUGUGGAUUGGUGAAAUAUUGUAAUAAAGACUGUCAGAGGCAGGAUUGGAAGGGUCAUAAAGUGGAUUGUGGCAAGGGGAAGAAGAGUGUCAAGAAGGGUUGA